AGCGCUGACCGCUCAAAUGGAUCGCAUGGAGCUGCAAAAAGUCAACAUCGAACUUGAUGACCAGAGCAACAGCGAGGAAAGUCUCGAAGACAGCUACGCGGAGAUGGCUGAUUCAGAAAAGGCUGCCAUUAGGAGUCCAUUUCGCAGUGACGAUGCUGAAAGUCAGAAGUUCCUUACAAAUGGAUAUCUGGGUAAAAAGAAACUGGAAGAAUAUAGCGAGGAAUAUCACCGGGGAACGGCCUCCUUUGGGAUGUCAUCCUUUAACCUGAGCAACGCCAUCAUGGGCAGUGGCAUCCUGGGACUGUCGUAUGCCAUGGCCAACACUGGAAUUAUCCUUUUUGUAGUUCUGCUGCUCAGCGUAGCAAUAUUGUCACUCUACUCCGUCCACCUCUUACUGAAGAUAUCAAAAGAAGGAGGCUCAUUAAUAUACGAAAAGCUGGGAGAAAAGGCAUUGGGAUGGCCUGGAAAAUGUGGUGUUUUCAUUUCUGUCACAAUGCAGAAUAUGGGAGCAAUGUCAAGCUACCUCUUUAUUAUUAAAUAUGAACUCCCUGAAGUGAUCAGAGCAUUUAUGAAACUCGAGGAGAGUUCUGGAGAAUGGUAUUUAAAUGGGAACUACCUCGUCAUACUUGUAACGGUUGGAGUUAUUCUUCCACUUUCCCUUCUAAAGAGCUUAGGUUAUCUUGGUUAUGCAAGUGGUUUUUCACUGAGCUGUAUGGUUUUCUUUGUCAGUGUGGUAAUCUACAAGAAAUUCCAAAUCCCCUGCCCUCUCCCCGUCAUGGAACAUGGGGCUGGAAACUGGACUGCCAUCAACAACACUGUGCCAAUGCACCUUGUCAUGCUACCCAAUGGGUCUCUCAGUUCUGGGGUGAAUUUCAUGAUGGACAACACAGCUGGGCACACAUCAGGCCUUGAGGAGCCAAAAGAUACCUUCCCGAAAAGUGGCGUGGAAUUUGAAGCACACAGUGACCACAGUGACAUGUGUCAGCCAAAAUACUUUGUGUUCAAUUCACGGACUGCCUAUGCAAUACCCAUCCUGGCAUUUGCGUUCGUAUGCCACCCUGAGGUGCUGCCAAUAUACAGUGAACUGAAAGACCGUUCCCGUAAGAGGAUGCAGAAUGUCUCAAGUAUCUCCAUCACCGGCAUGCUUGUCAUGUACCUCUUGGCUGCUCUCUUUGGAUACCUUACCUUCUAUGGAGAAGUUGAAGAUGAGUUACUUCAUACGUACACUAAAGUGUAUGCUUUUGACACCCUCCUUCUGACAGUUCGCCUCGCAGUGUUGGUGGCUGUAACUUUGACUGUACCCCUUGUCCUUUUCCCUAUCCGUUCAUCUGUCAGUGCAUUGCUGUUUCCCAAAAGGCCAUUCAGCUGGAUAAGACAUUUCCUGAUUGCAGCAGUCAUUCUUGCUUUUAAUAACCUGCUUGUAAUUUUUGUCCCUGCUAUUAAAGACAUCUUUGGAUUUAUCGGCGCCUCUUCUGCAACAAUGUUGAUUUUCAUUCUUCCUGCUGCCUUCUACUUACGGCUUGUUAAGAAGGAGCCUCCGAGGUCUCACCAGAAGAUUGCGGCUCUAAUUUUUCUUAUAGUUGGCAUAAUCUUCAUGAUUGGAAGUAUGACUCUAAUUGUAAUGGACUGGAUUUACAACCCUCCGAGUUCCAGACGUCACUAA